AUGGAAGGUGGUGGACAUAAUAAUCAUGAUCAAUCUGACAAAGGAGUUUUCUCACAUUUAGCUCAUGGGUUAGCCCCAGGAGCAUACCCUCCACCAGGAGCAUACCCUCCACCAGGAGCAUACCCUCCCCCAGGAGCAUAUCCUCCACCUGGACAUGGCUACCCUCCACAUCAAGGUGGUUAUCCUCCGGCUGGUUACCCUCCUGCUGGUUAUCCGCCAGGCGGUGGUUAUCCUCCAGCAGCCGGUGGUUAUGGUUAUCCACCUGCUGGUUAUCCUGGUUCUCAUGCUCCACCACAUGCCCCAGGGCCUUUUGGGCAUGCCGGUGGUGCUGCUGGUAUGGGUGGAAUGGGUGGAUUGAUUGCUGGUGCGGCCGCUGCUUAUGGUGCUCACCGUGUUUCCCAUGGCCAUUAUGGACAUGGAGGAUAUGGUCACAUGGGCCAUGGAAAAUUCAAGGGUGGGAAAUUCGGCAAGCAUGGGAAAUUCAAGGGUGGAAAGUUUGGCAAGCAUGGUAUGUUUAGAAAGUGGAACGCUUCUACACCCCUUCUCGUUUCUCAUCCCUCUCUACCACUCUUAUCAUUCUGUCUUGGGUUUGUUUCUUCUUCUCUCUCACAAAUUCCAUCUGCUCCUGAGUUCUUAAACACUCGUUGCAUUUGUGAAUCGACACCCACUGUUUGGGUUCUGAAUAAUCAACACCUGUUGAUUCAAUGGUUAUAUACUUCAAUCUAUGUGGAAGGAAAAGAAGAAAGAUGGAGUAUGGUUGUACGUAAUGCUAAAGUUUUGCGUAGGAAUGUGUUUCAAUUAUCGUGUGGUCAUUAA